AUGGUGUUAGGAAUGAUAAAUGAGAUUCAACAAUAUCUCGAUGCAAGGUAUAUUGGCCCUCCAGAAGUUGCUUGGCGAAUAUUUGGUCAUCCUUUGCAUGCAGAGAUGCCAACAGUUGUACGAUUGGCACUGCAUUUACCUGGAAUGCAUCGCGUUGUUUUUAACCCAGAAGAAUCAUUAGAAACGAUUCAAUCUAGAGUUGGUCAACAAAUGUCAACUCUUACUGGCUUCUUUGCAUAUUGUGCUGGCAGUGAAGAUGAAUGUCCAUUCACUUAUCAAGAAUUUCCACAACAUUAUGUUUGGCUCAAGUCUGAAAAGAGAUGGAAAUCAAGAGAAAGGGGAUAUGCAAUUGGUAGAAUGUAUUUUGCUAGCCCUAAUUGUGGUGAAAGAUUUUAUCUACGUUUGUUACUAACCGUUGUUAAAGGACCAAAGUCGUUUCAGUCUUUACGCACGGUCGAUAAUGUUGUGCAUGAUACAUUUAAAUUAGCAUGUGUUGCAAGGGGGCUUUUAGAAGAUGAUGAAGAAUGGAUACAAUGCUUGAAAGAGGCUGUAGUUAUGAAAACUGGAUAUCAAUUGAGGAGAUUGUUUAGUAUUAUUCUUACCCAGUGCUCUCCACUAAAUCCAUGUGCACUAUGGAAUCAAUUCUCAACGCAUAUAUGUGAUGAUCUUGCACAUAAGAUUCGUACAUUGUUUGCCAUUUCUAACCCAACUGAGGCUCAAAUUAAAGAUUAUGGUCUCCAUCUUUUGAAUCAAAUGCUUCAUGAAUCAGGAAAAAGUUUAAUUGACUUCCCACCCAUGCCACAACCUACAGCAAAUUGGAGUGCAGUAGUUGGGAAAACAUUUUUGUACAAUACGAUAGCAUUAAAAUGUCGCAACCUUAGGCAUAUCGUUAUUACUGUGGCUUCAUCUGGAAUUGCAUCAUUGUUACUGGUCGGAGGUCGCACUGCACAUUCAACAUUUUCCAUCCCAUUAGAUGUAUUGGAAAAUUCAAAUUGUGGGCUUAGUAAACAAUCAUUACAAGCUGAGUUAUUUAGAGAAACAAAACUCAUAAUUUGGGAUGAAGUUCCGAUGCAACAUAGAUAUUGUGUUGAGGCAGUUGAUCGUACAUUGAGGGAUAUUUGUGAUAGUGACAAACCAUUUGGGGGUAUUAUUGUUGUUCUUGGUGGAGACUUUCGACAAAUCUUACCAGUUAUACCCAAAGGAGUUCGUGAGCAAAUUGUGAAUGCAUCAUUAAGACACUCUGUUCUAUGGAAGCAUAUACAUAUCUUAACUUUGGAUUUGAAUAUGCGCUUGAAUCAUGAAGACCGUGAAAAUGCUAAUUUUGCAAAUUUCUUGAUGGAGAUUGGGACCAAUCUUCAAGAAAUCGUUAACCUUCCAUCAACAAUACACAAAUGUCAAGAUUUGAAUGAAUUACUCUCUACAAUUUACCCACGAUUGAACAUAAUAGAGACGUCAACCCCAACAUUUUUAACUGAACGCACAAUUCUGUCUGCGCGUAACGAUGAUGUCAGUGACAUCAAUACUACUGCAUUGAAUAUCUUUCCAGGGAGAUUACAUACUUAUCUUGCAGCAGAUAAAAUGUCUGAAGAUAAUGAAGUCGAUCCUACUAUUACAAAUAGAUAUCCUAAUGAAUAUUUAAAUUCAUUGGAUCCUCCUGGGUUGCUAACUUUUAAGUUAGAGUUGAAGGUGGGUUGUCCUAUAAUAUUGUUGAGAAACAUUGCACCGAAAGAUGGACUAUGUAAUGGUACAAGAUUGAUGGUUACUAGGUGCGACACUCGCAUAAUUGAAGCUCAAAUUUUAACUGGAGAAAAGUUUGGCAAUUUGGCAUUCAUACCAAGGAUAUCUUUGGCACCAUCUUCUUCAAAAAUGCCUUUCCAAAUGACAAGACGUCAAUUUUCAGUCCGAUUGGCAUAUGCCUUGACCAUUAAUAAAUCUCAAGGACAAUCUGUGAAAUUUGUUGGGGUUGAUUUGCGCAUACCAGUGUUUAGCCAUGGGCAAUUAUAUGUGGCAUUGUCCAGAUGUACAUCAUUUGAUCGUAUAAGUAUUCUACUCCCUAAAGAUUGUUUGGAUUCUACUACAAAUAUUGUUUAUCCUGAAGUGUUGUUGUAG